AAGAAGAAAACAUCUAUGCGUUUACAUUUUAUUGAGUGUAAACAGAGUCUUGUCUCUGUGUAUUUUAGUGUUGAUGAUGGAUGUGAUGUGCUGUAAAUCAGGAACUGAUCAGGACUUACAGGAUGAAGAAUCUACUGAUCAAACCUCCACAGAGUCUCUGGAUUCUGUCUGUAACGCUGGAGAACAGCAGCAGAUCCUGCAGACCAAACUCAACAUGUGUUCAGUCAAACAGGAGGACAGUGGAAACCAAAUGGAGAUAAAAACAGAACCAAUGGAAGAUCACACUGAGGAAGAAAACAGUCAUUAUGGUGAUUUUGUUCCUUCAGAUGUGAAGAAUGAAUCAUGUCUGGAUGGAGAAAUAACAUCAUCAACAUCAAAAGAGGGUAUGACAGCACAAACUCAAGAGAAGAAACUUCAUUCAGGAGAGCACAGAGAGAAGAAGAAGAAGCAGUUUCACUGUGAGCAUUGUGGGAAGGAUUUUGUUGUCUUAUCUAAGCUGAAACGUCACAUGAGGACACACAGUGAUGAAAAGGGAGGAGUUUCGGUCGACAUGCCCAUUUAUUGUUACAUCAGAGAACUCAUACAGGUGAAAAACCUUUUAAAUGCUUUUAGUGUGAUGAGACGUUUACUGAGUCGGGUCACCUCAAAGUCCAUCUGA